GAAACAGAUAUUGAUGACAGGUAUGGAGAUCUCGAUGCUAGAGGAGAUUCUGAUGUUCCUGAGAUGCCACUGUCCUCAGACAGGACCCCCGAGAUCCUCAAGAAAGCCCUAUCGGGACUAUCUUCAAGGUGGAAGAACUGGUGGAUUCGAGGGAUUCUCACCCUGACCAUGAUCUCCCUCUUCUUCCUGAUCAUCUACAUGGGGUCCUUCAUGCUUAUGCUUCUGGUUCUGGGCAUCCAAGUGAAAUGCUUCCAUGAGAUUAUCACCAUUGGAUACAGAGUCUAUCACUCCUAUGACCUCCCAUGGUUUAGAACACUAAGCUGGUACUUUCUACUGUGUGUGAACUACUUCUUCUAUGGAGAGACGGUGGCGGACUACUUUGCUACGUUUGUUCAGAGGGAGGAGCAGCUGCAGUUCCUCAUUCGCUACCACAGGUUUAUAUCCUUCGCCCUCUACCUGGCAGGUUUCUGCAUGUUUGUACUGAGCUUGGUGAAGAAACACUACCGCCUGCAGUUUUAUAUGUUCGCAUGGACCCAUGUCACUUUACUGAUAACCGUUACUCAGUCACAUCUUGUCAUCCAAAAUCUGUUUGAAGGCAUGAUAUGGUUCCUUGUUCCAAUAUCAAGUGUCAUCUGCAAUGACAUCACUGCUUACCUUUUCGGAUUCUUUUUUGGAAGAACUCCCUUAAUUAAGCUGUCUCCUAAGAAGACCUGGGAAGGAUUCAUUGGCGGUUUUUUCUCCACAGUCAUAUUUGGAUUCAUUGCCGCCUAUGUGUUGUCCAAAUACCAGUACUUUGUGUGCCCAGUGGAAUACAGAAGCGAUGUCAACUCUUUUGUGACAGAAUGUGAGCCCUCAGAACUGUUCCAGCUCCAGAGUUACUCCCUCCCUCCAUUCCUAAAGGCGGUGCUGAGACGGGAAACAGUGAGCAUGUAUCCCUUCCAGAUACAUAGCAUUGCACUUUCAACAUUUGCAUCGCUGAUUGGCCCAUUCGGAGGCUUCUUCGCCAGUGGAUUCAAAAGAGCUUUUAAAAUCAAGGAUUUUGCAAACACCAUUCCUGGACAUGGUGGGAUAAUGGACAGGUUUGAUUGUCAGUAUUUGAUGGCAACGUUUGUGCAUGUGUACAUCACAAGUUUUAUAAGGGGUCCGAAUCCCAGCAAAGUCCUCCAACAGCUGUUGGUGCUUCAACCAGAACAGCAGUUAAACAUCUACAAAACCCUGAAGACUCAUCUCAUUGAGAAAGGAAUCCUGCAGCCCACCUUGAAGGUGUAGCUGCACUGAAAGGAUGGACUGCCAAGGAGGAGCUCACAGAACUGCUCCGAAGUCUUCCACUGAGCUGGCAUAGGGCUAAAAGCAUGAUAGAUGGAGGUUUUGCAGAUAUGAAUGUUUCUUUCUCUGAAAUUACUGUGAAUAUUUAACAAACAUGAUCUAAGUGAUGAAUGCAUAGCAGCCGCCCACCUGGGAAAGAUCCUAUACUUUUCUAAGAUGUAUUUUCCGAUGUUAACAUCUCUGCCCUCACUUGCUGGGUUCCGUGAUUUAGGAGACUUGUGUUUUAGAGAGUCAAACACUAUAAACUGAGACCCUCUUAGGAUUGUGCCUGGCAGUGUGACCUUUUGCACAAACCUUGACCUUUGCACUGGGAACUGCCUCUCUGUAGCCAGUUGCUUGCUGCAGGCACCUGGGGAGCCAGGUCUCUGGGGCUUCCUCCUCUUAUAGACUCAAGUAUUUCUGAAGGGCUGAGUUAGAUUAAAAAAAGAAAGAAAAAGCAUGAUUGUCCACUUUUUUCUGUUUUCUUUUUCCUUUUUUAUUCCUUUUUGUUUGUUUGUUCAUGGUACUGGGGAUGGAACCCAGGGUCUUGCAUACACCAGGCAGGUGCUCCACUCUUGGGCUCUCUUCAGGCGGGACUUCCUAACUGUCAGAGACACAAUAGUCUGCUGAGUGGAAAUGUCCCGAUUUUAAGUAGUUUCAAAAUUCGGAGCUUAGAGGCUGAAACCUGUGCCGUUAUUGAUUUGUUAAAAGCAGGUGUCAGAAUCCACUUCUAAUGAAACUUUUUGAAAACAUAACCAACUUCCCAAGAGACACAGAAGUGGGUCCUUGGAGGCUGCAGGAACAGUCAUUUGGUGGCUUGGUGGUAGCUUCUGCUUUGCUUUGUUCCCUGUGAACUGAUUUCCAGGAUUCCCAGGGAGCCAGGCAGGGGCAUGGCUGAGAUGGAGCACUAGCAGGCUGCCUGAGUUGAGGCUCUGCAUGGCAGCCCAGGGCCUGCUCCCAGCUCUCUGUCCAUCUCACCCAAGAAAGAAGAGAGUUCUGCCCAGAGACCCAGGCCUUGGCCAACUACCUGGUGGUAAUUGCUCUUCCCAUCACAUCACAACGUCCAAGAAUAAAAAUCAAGCAGAAGUAAUAGCCAUUAAGAAGAAAAGCACAUGAAUGCCAUGCCUUCCUUAGGUGGGCUGGGCAUUGUAACCAGACUAGAGGUAACCUCUUAGCCCUUGACAUAAACUCCUGUUGCUGUGUGCACUCUACAGCCAUACUCAACAUAGCAAAUGUUGUUGGUCACACUCAGAAGUCACCUAGUUCUCCCAUGUCAGUGUUAGAGGGGAGAAACAGAUAAACUGUAAAGGAUAUUUUGGUAAUGAAAAGAGUAAAUAUUUUGUCUAAAUUAGAAAUGAAUUUCAGUUAUCACACAUUUUCUUCCUGCUAUAGACAUCCCUGGGCUCUGAGGAUAAGCCUCAGCCAUCAUGUAUGCUAGCUCCACACAGUGUAUGUAGUGAGCACAGCCAUCAUGUGUGCUAGUCCCACACAGUGUAUGGAGUUAGUGAGCACAGCAGAAAGAGACCCUCAGUCCCGAGAAUGUGUGGUCUCUGCUAAGGUGACCCGGGGCUGCAUUGGGCUGGCAUCAUGUCCUGCUCUGUAUGAAACCUACUGAAAGCACUGCCACAGGAUAUUACUUUUCAGUCGGGCCACCUGUGAGUUAAUUCCAGCAUCCCCUGCUUUUGUUUGUCCCCCACUCCCUGCUCCCUGUUGACAAUAAAGAGUCACAGGCACCAAAGCAACACAGAGAAACCUUGUGAUAGGAACAUGCUCUGGAAACAUGGCAGUUGGCACAAGGAAGAACUGCUUGAGGAUAGUGUAGACUCCCCUGACCAACCACAUUUUCACAGGAUAGUGUAGAUUCCCCUGACCCACCAUGUUUCCAUGGGAUAGUGUACACUCCCCUGAACCACCACGUUUCCAUGGGUGAGUGUUGUGAGACAGAAUUAUGACAGCAUUACUUAUUACGUAUUAAAAAUCAAUAUUCUCCUAAACAAAGUAUGAAACUAGUAGGACUAUUGGGGUUACAUUAAAAAUCUUUUCUCAAAUAGACUUUUAGAUUUGGGUAUACAUGAUGCCAUAUGAAAAAAAGUAAGUUCUUAAUUUUAACAAAGCUCUGAAGAUUAACAUUUCUAGCGUACUUUUAUAGCAUGUAUAUGAAAAUGGACUAUAUCUUAGCAAACAAUCAGCAGAAGAUCCAGACUCCAAUCAGCAUUGCAUUUGCUCCAGAAAAGGCUUCAGCUAAUGUAGUGAUGUGGGGGACAAAUGAGGACUAGGAAUGUCUUCAAGUGCAGUGAUGACCACACUGGAAAUCUGCUGCUGUUUGGUACCCAUCAUUGGAAUUUUGGUGUCUCCUGUUCUUCUUAUGGUGGCAAAUAUACAGUCACUAUCUGAGAUCAAAGACCAUCCCCUUUCAUUUACCCUUCUCUCCUCAUUUGCACUUUGGUUUGAACAAAGGUAAUGAUACCUAGUUCAAUGAAAAGGAAAUGGUAGCAUCAUUGUAUAUAUUCUGUACAUGGGUGAAAGUUUAUGAUGUGUGUCAAUCAGUUUUCUGACUCUUUUUACUGAAACUGAGAUAGAAAAAGAAUAAUAAUAAAAAAUCGAUGGUAUUUUGA